CUGCCUUGACAAAUUGAAAAUGCAGAACAGUACGUUGGAUAAAAUCAUCAGCUUCCUAGGUGAGCUAAUCGGCACCGGACUGCUGAUCUUUCUCGGCUGUAUGGGUUGUGUGCAAAAUGAAGCCUUCGAAAAUAGUCACUUUCAAAUGACAUUUAACUUCGGUUUGGUCGUCCUGAUCAUAAUCCAAUGCUUCGGCUGUGUCUCCGGUGCACAUCUGAAUCCGGUCGUAACCUUGGCUGCCUACAUUUACAAUUCAAUUUCAUUGCCGAUGGCUGGUAUCUAUUUUGUCGGACAAAUGUUGGGCGGUUUCAUCGGUUACGGUCUGCUGAAGGCGCUCAUACCCAACAAUACCGUCUCAUUGGAAAGACCACACAAUCUCUGUGUGACCGCUGUGCAUGACGACAUUAACGUCUGGCAGGGUUUGGCUAUUGAGUUUGUUAUUACUGGUGUGCUGAUUUUCACCUGCUGCGGUGUCUGGGACCCACGUAAUGCCAAAUUCCAAGAUUCACUGCCAAUUCGUUUCGGUUUGGUCAUCGUUUGCCUUGGCAUCACAGCGGGCCAAUUUACCGGUGCCAGCAUGAAUCCAGUUAGAUCUUUCGCGCCUGCUGUGUGGAACUCAGACUACCAGGAUCAAUGGAUAUACUGGGUUGGUCCAUUUGGAGGCUCAACGGUGUUUGCUAUCGUCUAUAAGGCGAUCUUCAGACGCGAUGUUAUUGAAGAGAAGGUCAACAACAAAUUGCGUGUCAUGGAAGAAUUGCCACUCUCAUAAGACACGCUUACUUAGCGCACGACAUUUAUCACUCGAAAUACCCAGUGGUCAAAAUAUUCAAUAGCUGUGUUGAAAAGGUUCAAGACAGUGGUUGUAUGACUUACAUUAUGCCAUUUGUUGGAAAAAUUGUUGUAAAUAUACAAAUGGAAAGUUAUAAAAUUGCUAAAUAAACAAAAAAUUAAAAGAUCAAAAAUUA